CAAUCCACUAUUACAGACCGAUGCGCCCAUAAUAAACUGAGGAAUUAUUUUGUGGAACUAAUCUGAUAGCAAAGUCUCUAGUCGGACAGGUUUGGGUACAGGACUUCACUCUUUUUUGUUUUGAAAUGGGCUAGCUACAAAAAUGUUAACCCUACCGCUUUGUUAUUUUGUCUAAAAAUAACUAGUUAAAGAUAUAUGUUGUUGUAACAAUGGUAGAACAUAUGGCAGCGUUUACAGAGCGUUUGAAGCAAGAACUGACAAACAACAUACCCGCACAUUGAUUCGGUACCGGUACCCCUGUAUAGAGACUCGUUAUUGUUAUUUUAUUGUGUUACUUUUUUCCUUCCGUUUUCAUAUAUAUUUUUGCAAAUAAUUUCUUACUUACUUUUAAAAACAGUUCUGCAUUGUUGGUUCAGGGCCUGUACAGUAUUGGCCAAAAGUUUUGAGAAUGACACAAAUAUUAAUUUUCACAAAGUCUGCUGCCUCAGUUUGUAUGAUGGCAAUUUGCAUAUACUCCAGAAUGUUAUGAAGAGUGAUCAGAUGGAUUGCAAUUAAUUGCAAAGUCCCUCUUUGUCAUGCAAAUGAACUGAAUCACCAAAAAACAUUUCCACUGCAUUUCAGCCCUGCCACAAAAGGACCAGCUGACAUCAUGUCAGUGAUUCUCUCGUUAACACAGGUGUCAGUGUUGACGAUGACAAGGCUGGAGAUCACUUUGUCAUGCUGAUUGAGUUUGAAUAACAGACUGGAAGCUUCAAAAGGAGGGUGGUGCUUGGAAUCAUUGUUCUUCCUCUGUCAACCAUGGUUACCUGCAAGGAAACACGUGCCGUCAUCACUGCUUUGCACAAAAAGGGCUUCACAGGCAAGGAUAUUGCUGCCAGUAAGAUUGCACCUAAAUCAACCAUUUAUCGGAUCAUCAAGAACUUCAAGGAGAGCGGUUCAAUUGUUGUGAAGGCUUCAGGACGCCCAACAAAGUCCAGCAAGCGCCAAGCGUCUCCUAAAGUUGAUUCAGCUGUGGGAUCGGGGCACCACCAGUACAGAACUUGCUCAGGAAUGGCAGCAGGCAGGUGUGAGUGCAUUUUACAUUUACAUUUAAGUCAUUUAGCAGACGCUCUUAUCCAGAGCGACUUACAAAUUGGUGCAUUCACCUUAUGACAUCCAGUGCACGCACAGUGAGGCAAAGACUUUUGGAGGAUGGCCUGGUGUCAAGAAGGGCAACAAAGAAGCCACUUCUCUCCAGGAAAAACAUCAGGGACGGACUGAUAUAAUAUAAUAAUAAUAUAUGCCAUUUAGCAGACGCUUUUAUCCAAAGCGACUUACAGUCAUGUGUGCAUACAUUCUACGUAUGGGUGGUCCCUUCUGCAAAAGGUACAGGGAUUGGACAGCUGAGGACUGGGGUAAAGUCAUUUUCUCUGAUGAAUCCCCUUUCCGAUUGUUUGGGGCAUUCGGAAAAAAGCUUGUCCAGAGAAGACAAGGUGGGCGCUACCAUCAGUCCUGUGUCAUGCCAACAGUAAAGCAUCCUGAGACCAUUCAUGUGUGGGGUUGCUUCUCAGCCAAGGGAGUGGGCUCACUCACAAUUUUGCCUAAGAACACAGCCAUGAAUAAAGAAUGGUACCAACACAUCCUCCGAGAGCAACUUCUCCCAACCAUCCAGGAACAGUUUGGUGAUGAACAAUGCCUUUUCCAGCAUGAUGGAGCAUCUUGCUAUAAGGCAAAAGUGAUAACUAAGUGGCUCGGGGAACAAAAUAUCGAUGUUUUGGGUCCAUGGCCAGGAAACUCCCCAGACCUUAAUCCCAUGGAGAACUUGUGGUCAAUCCUCAAGAGGCGGGUGGACAAACAAAACCCCACAAAUUCUGACAAACUCCAAGCAAUGAUUAUGCAAGAAUGGGCUGCCAUCAGUAAGGAUGUGGCCCAGAAGUUAAUUGACAGCAUGCCAUGGCAGAUUACAGAGGUCUUGAAAAAUACUGUAAUUGUCAAUAAAAUGUAAUUGUCAAUAAAAGUCUUUGACACUUAUGAAAUGCUUGUAAUUAUACUUCAGUAUUCCAUAGUAACAUCUGACAAAAUUAUAUAAAGACAAUGAAGCAGCAAACUUCGUGAAAAUUCAUAUUUGUGUCAUUCUCAAAACUUUUGGCCACGACUUGUUGUAUUCGGUGCAUGUGACAAAUACAAUUUGAUUUCAUAUAAACGACGAGCAACCGAACUCCAAUGGUGACUCUCUUGGCCAACCAAGUCGGGAAGUCUCUAAAAAUAAGAUGUUUUGUGAAAACAUAAGUGGACCAGAAAGAAGACAGAAGCAUGUGUCAUCUGCAACUUUACAGGGGAACAGUGAAAGAGAAGAGGACCAACCACAAUGUAUCGAUAGCCCGAGGGCUUGCCACCCCACAUAGCCUGGUUCCUUUCUAGGUUUCUUCCUAGGUCUUCUUCCUUUGGCCUUUCUAGGGAGUUUUUCCUAGCCACCGUGCUUCUACACCUGCAUUGCUUGCUGUUUGGGGUUUUAGGCUGGGUUUCUGUACAGCACUUUGAGAUAUCACCUGAUGUACGAAGGGCUAUAUAAAUACAUUUGAUUUGAUUUUGAUUUGAUUUGCUUGGUGGAAGGACCAGUCCCUUGUUGGAGAGGAUUCAAGAGGAGAGGAUACGAAGGAAGAGACAAUACCACAGUGUGAAAGUUAACAAGGCAAACAAAUUGGUGGAUCAAUUCAUUCAAGACCUGGUUCCACGGCGUGGGCCGUCCUGACGUAGGACGAUGUGUUGUCAUUUAGGAUGUGUCUGGAGAAUGGUUAUCACCACGGUACCGCUGUCUCUGACUCCCCCUGUUGGAAGAACACACUACGAGACUGUAGGAACUCUGAGAACACUGUGCGCUCCAACUGGGAGGUACACAUCAGGGGAUGUGAGACUGUGGGACACCCUCCACUAGGACUCUGCACCCCCCUUCCUGAGGCCCACUUCCUUAGGCCCAGCCCCCUUGACUGCAGACCUCAGCCCCAGACCUCACAUCAGUCACGUCUGGUGUGGCUUCCUAUGGCCAUGGAGGAGUCUAUGGUCCUAGUACCAGGGGCUGAGGGGAGAGGAGUAGACAGUAGCCCCACGGUGACCCUCUCUGCUGGGGAGACAGUGUACCUGCUGGCCCCUGAGGACCUGGAGCCCCGGGUGCUCCAUACCAUCUACGGCCUCCCAAUCAUCUGUCUGGACGCCUCAGUGACACACGCUGCCCUGGGGGUCAAGAACUGUGGCUGGGACAUGAACGAUGGAGGCAAGGGUGAGGGUGUUUUACCUGCGCACCGGCUCCUCUGUGACAUCACUGUACGCCCACCACAUGGGAGUGACCUCCGUGCAGGCAGACGAUUGGAAGAUUGUGAGUGGCUGAGGCGAGGGAUUGGUCUGCUUCUGGGAGAUGAGGAUGGGAGCCAACCUGUGGAAGGCGCCCAGUCAGACACGUCCGGUUCAACACUAGCUCCCUGAUGACCACCAACCUCCCAGACAAAAGUCUCCACGAGGGGCCUGCAUCACAGACGACGACCUCACAGCCUACUGCAGACACAGGGAAGUGAUCUGCCACUAGGACUUCUCUGAAGACUCUUCUUCCCAGGACCAUGUUCUGCCCAUCUGCAGUUCUCACUACGUAGAGUCAUCUGGUUACAACAUCGGCCGUUCCCUAUGACAUCCUGUCUUCCUCUUACCCUUCCUACUGACCCACGUACACAAUCUACAACCAGGACUUUUAUACACUGGCUCCGCCUCUGGACACUAUAUACUGUAUGUUAUGUGUGACUGCAUUGUUCUGAUAUCCUGGUUAAAUCAAAAAUCUAAUCAAAAUCUAAUUUUAUUUGUCACAUGAACAGGUGAAAUGCUUACUUACAAGCCCUUAACCAACAACCAACAAUGCUUUAAGAAGUUUUAAGAGAAAUAAGUCUUAAGUAAAAAAUUGAAAGUACAAAAUGAAAAUGACAAAUAAUUCAACAGCAGCAGUAAAAUAACAACAGCGAGGUACAGCGUCAAUGUGUGGGGGCACCGGUACAGAGUCAAUGUGUGGGGGCACCGGUACAGAGUCAAUGUGUGGGGGCACCGGUACAGAGUCAAUGUGUGGGGGCACCGGUACAGAGUCAAUGUGUGGGGGCACCGGUACAGAGUCAAUGUGUGGGGGCACCGGUACAGAGUCAAUGUGUGGGGGCACCGGUACAGAGUCAAUGUGUGGGGGCACUGGUACAGAGUCAAUGUGUGGGGGCACCGGUACAGAGUCAAUGUGUGGGGGCACCGGUACAGAGUCGAUGUGUGGGGGCACCGGUACAGAGUCGAUGUGCGGGGGCACCGGUACAGAGUCAAUGUGCGGGGGCACCGGUACAGAGUCAAUGUGUGGGGGCACCGGUACAGAGUCAAUGUGUGGGGGCACCGGUACAGAGUCAAUGUGUGGGGGCACCGGUACAGAGUCAAUGUGUGGGGGCACCGGUACAGAGUCAAUGUGUGGGGGCACCGGUACAGAGUCAAUGUGAGGGGGCACCGGUACAGAGUCGAUGUGUGGGGGCACCGGUACAGAGUCGAUGUGCGGGGGCACCGGUACAGAGUCAAUGU